AGCACAACAGUUGUAGAAUCUUCCACUUUCACCCCAGACACCACUGCUUCAGGAGAUGACAGUGCCAGCACCACUAGCACAACAGUUGUAGAAUCUUUCACUUUCACCGAAGGCACCACCACUUCAGCAGAUGAAAGCACAACAGUUGUAGAAUCUUCCACUUUCACCGAAGGCACCACCGCUUCAGUAGAUGACUUUGCCAGCACCACUGCAGAGUAUUCAACAGAGAGUGGAACAACAACUGAAGAAACCACAACAGUUGUAGAAUCUUCCACUUUCACCGCAGACACCACUGCUUCAGGAGAUGACAGUGCCAGCACCACUGCAGAGUAUUCAACUGAGAGUGGAGCAACAACUGAAGAAAGCACAACAGUUGUAGAAUCUUCCACUUUCACCGAAGGCACCACCACUUCAGCAGAUGACAGUGCCAGCACCACUGCAGAGUAUUCAACAGAGAGUGGAGCAACAACUGAAGAAAGCACAACAGUUGUAGAAUCUUCCACUUUCACCCAAGGCACCGACGCUUCAUCAGAUGACAUUGCCAGCACCACUGCAGAGUAUCCAACCGAGAAUGGAACAACAACUGAAGAAAGCACAACAGUUAUAGAAUCUUCCACUUUCACCCAAGGCACCGACGCUUCAUCAGAUGACAUUGCCAGUACCACUGCCGAGUAUUCCACAGAGAAUGGAGCAACAACUGAAGAAAGCACAACAGGUGUAGAAUCUUCCACUUUCACCGAAGGCACCACCGCUUCAUCAGAUGACAUUGCCAGCACCACUGCAGAGUAUCCAACCGAGAAUGGAACAACAACUGAAGAAAGCACCACCGCUUCAUCAGAUGACAUUGCCAGCACCACUGCAGAGUAUCCAACCGAGAAUGGAACAACAACUGAAGAAAGCACAACAGUUGUAGAAUCUUCCACUUUCACCGAAGGCACCACCACUUCAGCAGAUGACAGUGCCAGCACCACUGCAGAGUAUUCAACAGAGAGUGGAGCAACAACUGAA